AUGUUCAAAAAGCCACUCGGAGGACUCAAGAAUUCUGCGCCAAUUCGCAGCUCAGACAGACGAAAACUCAAGCAACGCGUUGUCGCAGCCUUUUCAGUCUCGCCAGAAGAUGGCGACCUGCUCGUUCCUGAGGGCAUCUUGACUGCAAAAUUUAGUACUCAUCUAGAUUUGCCUGGGGUCGCUUACCUGUCGUCAGAUGGCGAUCCUCUAUGGAUAACACUGGGCAAGGGAUCCGAUGAACUCAUCCCAACGAUAUACACGCUAUGGAAGAAACCCGGACUGCUGCUAUUCCUCUGCACACCAGCCGCAGUAAUCCCAAUAUUGGUCGGAGGCGCAGAUUUGAUGAUCCCGGGGGUGAUGUAUCACAGUUCAUCGCUUGUCGAAGGACAGCUGGUCGCCGUAUGCCAAUAUCAGCGACGAGACGGUGUCCCCACGAUGUCUGCCCCUCUAGCUGUUGGCCGAAUGGCGGUGUCUAGUGAUCAACUAAAUGAGGGAGGCAAGGAGAAAGGCAAGGCUGCGCUUGUCAUUCAUACCUGGAAGGAUCAUCUAUGGGACAUGGGAUCUAAAGGAGAACCUGCAGAACCUAUUCCUAUCGGAAUGUCGAAUGCAGAUGUACCAGAGGAAGAUGAAGAACAGUCCCCCGAGCCAGAGCCAGAGCCUGCACCACCACUUGUCGAUGGGCCACCACCUUCAGAACCGCCGCUGCAAGAAGCAACAUAUACACGGGAAGAAGUCUCUCUGCUUCUACACAUGUCGCUUUUGCAAGCUAUCGAAACAACUCUGAAAUCGUUACCAACUUCAUCCUUUCCCAUACCGAUAAGCACCUUCCAUACGGCCUACAUUCUUCCAUAUCGUCCCGUUUUCCCAGCCCUGGUACUUCCUCCAUCUACAUGUCCGAACGGUAAGCCAAAUCCCGAAGAUGUCACCAUCAAGGCCUCGACACACAAAUCAUUCACCGCGUUCCUCAAAGUGGCAGAGAAGGCCUCGCUUCUGGCUACUAAGGCUCCGCAGAAGCACGCUCAGCAGAAUGAAGCCGUCGUGACGGGUGUCAAUGGAAGUCAUCCCUCCGUACAGCAACAUAAACCUUUCGUAACUCUUAGAGACUUGGAGCUCAAGGCAGCGAAGAAGACCCAGCGAGAAGAGGAGGAACAAGAGAGGGAAGCCCUUGCCCACCACGAACUGGGUGUCUGCGAACUAUGGAAGCCUCAUCUAGUCACCGCUGAUCUAUUCAAAGUCAUGGGCGCGAGUACAUCAGAUCUCUACUCAAUCCCGGAGAUUCGGACGUUGUUAAACAACUACAUCACGUCGAAGGACAUCAUAAACCAACAUGAUCGGGCAUACAUCAACCUCGAUGAUCUCCUUCGCUCAUGCGUUGUGGCUAAAGCGCCUUUGUCGAAGAAGGGCAAAGAACCGGAGCCUCCCCAGCAGUCUCACGAGUUUAUGAGACGGGACGAGCUGUACAAGAAAGUAUUGGAACGGAUGCAAAGCUGGUACGAGGUUCGCGCCGAAGGGAAAGAUCCCGUCGUCAAGAAAGGAAAACUGGUGCCGAUUCAUGUUGAAACCAAGGUCAGACAAGGACGAAAAGCGUCGACAUUUAUCACAGGAUUCGAGCCUUUCUUGAUCAAUGCUGAUGAGAUGGCUGAUGAGCUGAGAAAAACUUGUGCAGGGGCGACGUCUGUCACGCCGAUCCAGGGUAAAGGAGCCAAUGCCGGCUUGGAAGUUCUUGUGCAGGGGAAACAGUCAAAGGCGGUUACGGACUACCUUGUUGGAAAGGGCGUCCCUAAAAGGUGGAUAGAAGUGAAAGAGGCGGCGGGCAAGAAAUAA